UUGGGAAUUUGAAUCUAGAUGGCACAGUCUAAAAAGAAAUAUAAGAGCUAAAACACACGGGAGGGAAAGCACAAAACCACGUUGUUUCAAUGGAAAGCUCCCUUGGUUCCACAGGGUAAGAAACCGCUUGCACCUGGCGGUUUGAAAGGUACCGCACACAGUUCAAUUAGUGUCGGUUAGCUAGUUGGUGUGAUGUUCCUCAAGGCAACACUUAUCCUUUCUCAAACAUCUUCUAUAUAUCCCCCGCCUCACUCCCACACUUCUCGCUUCCUCAUUCACUACCUUCCCUUUGCUUUAUAUCUCUUGCACGUACACAAAAAAGGUGUCUUUUAUAUAUGUGCUUCAUUUAUUAGUGUCUAAGCAGGGAAAUGGCACUUCUUGGUCUAGUUUUAAUGGGAUUGCUUCCUCUGUUUUCACAUGCUUAUGGAUAUGGUGGGGGAUGGAUUCAUGCUCAUGCCACUUUUUAUGGAGGGAGUGUUGCCUCUGGUACAAUGGGCGGGGCUUGUGGAUAUGGGAACCUAUACAGCCAAGGGUACGGGACUAAUACAGCAGCUUUGAGCACAGCACUGUUUAACAAUGGCUUGAGCUGUGGGGCUUGUUUCGAGAUCAAGUGCGUGAAUGAUCCUAGGUGGUGCCUGUCUGGCUCUGUUGUGGUCACUGCCACUAACUUCUGUCCACCAAACAAUGCUGGGGGUUGGUGCAACCCUCCUCUGCAUCAUUUUGAUCUGUCUCAGCCUGUUUUCCAACAAAUUGCCCAAUAUAGAGCUGGGAUUGUUCCUGUAGCGUAUAGAAGGGUACCAUGCAGAAAGAGAGGAGGCAUCAGAUUCACGAUCAACGGUCAUUCGUAUUUCAACCUAGUCCUAAUCACCAACGUGGGAGGUGCGGGCGAUGUUCAUUCAGUUUCCAUCAAAGGGUCAAGAACUGGUUGGCAACCCAUGUCAAGAAACUGGGGUCAAAACUGGCAGAGCAACACUUACCUCAAUGGACAAAGCCUCUCUUUUAAGGUCACAACCAGUGAUGGACGCACUCUUGUCUCUAACAAUGUUGUUCCUCCUAAUUGGUCCUUUGGCCAGACCUUUACUGGCUAACAAUUCCCAUAAAAAAAUUACCCUUUUUCCUUCUCACUCUCCACUCCAAAACCGCUCCAUUUGCAAUUCUCACGUUCAGAGGAUAAACCCAUUACAGAUUUCCUGGAUAAAAAUAAAUGAGUCAUGGAUAGUUUGAUAGUGUUUUUAGGAAUAGAGUAGUCAAAAUAAUGAGAAGGGUUUUAGUUUUAUGAUGGCCCUCGUCAUUGAACUUUGGUUUUUGUUCUGCUCUCUUUUGACAAAGGCAGAGAGACAGAAAUUGGCAGUGGUGAGCAUGCACCACACGCCUUUUUUUUUUUUUGUUUGUUGCAAUGAUUUGAUGGUUUAAAUAAAUUAUAUUAAAGUUCUUUCAUUUGCUGCAAUAUCGCUUUUAUGUGAAGCAACUGUAAUCAGCUAGCCCAUCUCUUGGCGGAUGAGUCUGUGGAGUUGUGAGACUACUCUUUGGCGAAUAAAAUGUGUAGCGGUUUUCUAUUUGAUUAAAACAGCUCGCCUGGAAAUUUCAUUCAAACAUGGUGAGAUUAAUGUGGGAUAAACAUCCAAGAGAACCAUCCUUUAACCUUAUUUUUUCAUAACCUUUGAAUACAUUUAAAUUCAAAUAAAAAGAACACAUGUUUUUAAUCUGGAACCAUUUUAAAAAUGGCUUUGGAUCGAAACAGGAGGAGCUAAUAUAAUUUUUUCCACUUCAAGAGUG